AGUAUAUACUACAGUGUACUCUGUACUAGACCGAUCAGACGACCUAUACACAUUGGUAGGAAAGGCUGCACACAAGGUAAAAUUGAUUUAUAAUGGACGGGGAUUCUAAUUCCUGGCAGCAUAGGUGCGAACGCUAUUUUACCUCGAUAUCAGAAUCUGACGAAAGGAGAGGAGGAUGGGGAUACAUGCGAACACCUGAUGAACCAAAUAUGGAAUGGAAGAAUCUUGCAGGACUAGCAAACGAAGCAAAGAAACGGUCGUCUGCCUUUUCCCGCGCAAAGCGAUGGAUGCGACAGUUAGACAUUCACGGAUGUGGCCGUGUAGGAUAUGCAUCCUUCGUGGAGAGUGUAUUUUGGAUUUUAAUUUCUGUUUUAGCAUUCGGUGCCUUGUCUUAUGUUGUGUUUUUAUAUGCAGAGAUUUAUUUAAACACAUCACAUUUUCAAACCUUAUCAUACAAAAUUCCACCAUUUUCAUCUUCAUCUCCAAAUAUCACAAUAUGUAAUAACAAUAAACUACGAAAAUCAGCAUUACAACAUUCUCAGAAUCGUUUUCAAGCGUUGUUAAACGUUUCCUCAAAGACAAACAAAAUUCUGCAACAGAGACAGCAAACAUUAACGGCAAAAGAACUUUUAGAAAGGACGACUUUGUAUGACAAUCUGACAAGCAUUCUACAACAUUCUGAGCUUAAAUCUCUCUACAGUGAACUGGAGGAGGAGUAUUUACCAUAUUCCUACAUGUCCUCGCCGAGCGAUUACGGAUCGUUGUACCUCUGGGGGAUACAGGAAGGCGUGGAGAUUCUCAAAGAUGUUGUAACUCCUACCAAAUCCGAGUUACAGACUUACGGACAUAGGAAAGAUACACUGAUCGUUCAUUGUUGGGCAGACGGGAAAAACUGCAACAAAAACAGGUUUUUCAGUGAACAUCAGGAUCCAGACCUUGGCAACUGUGUGACCUUUUCAAAUCCGGACAAUAACAUAGAAACAGUUAGUUUCUUACUAAACGUGGAGCCGGAGGAGACCGUUGGAGAGUUAACCCCGUCUGUGGGUGUGCACGUUUAUGUUGGCGAGAGAGACAGUGGUCAGAAUACCCUCACAAUAUCUCAACCGGGCACGGCAGUCUUCGUAAACACACAGAAGAAAUCCAAAAUUGACAGAACCAAAGGCUGCAAUCCUCAACAACUUUAUUCACAAAAGGCGUGUUUGAGACAGUGUGUUGAUGAAAUGAUAGAAUCUUUCUGUCAGUGUCAACGAUCGUUUGACGUCAUAGCAACAGAACAAUGCCGCGUUGACGUAAAAUUUGAAAACAUUUGUGCAAGGACAAUACAAAAACUUUACUCGCUUGGCAAACUGAAGUGUGGCUGUCUUCCUAGAUGCAGUCAAUCACUGUACAGCGUAGAAGCGUCGUCGUCCACUUGGCCAUCCCCUGGGAACAUCGGCUAUAUAGAGCAGUUCCUGUUCCAACAGGGAGUCAACAGUUCGCAUCACUUCAUCAGGAAUUCGUUGACGAAGGUGACAGUCAACUACAAGGAUAUGGUAGAGGAGACAGUCACAGAAUCGUCAUUAACGCUGCUGGACCUUGUCGCAAAGAUUGGUGGUAUAUCAGCCAUACUGGUGGGAAUAUCGGCCAUUAGUAUACUGGAGGUGUUGUGGUUCCUAGUCAGGCUACUGACGUACGGAUGUCGUCAGCUGAUUAAACGGUUUGUUUGGUCUAAACAGAGAGAUAAUAUACACCGAUUGGCCGAAUCCGACGUCACUUCUAUCACAUGGCAGGCCUACCGUCAAAAACGGAGAGAAGAAGUGAAAAACAACAACUCCGCUCUUACUAAACAAGCCGUACGACGGAACAGUAGUCGUCAAAGUCGACAAUCUCUACCCACAAUUACAGAGGAAAACAAACGUCGGAAACUCCCAAACGGCCAUCUUGAAAACAACCUGUACGCACACCCAUGGGAACGGACAGGACACCGACGUGUUUACAAUAACUUAAUAAAAGCUGAUCACACAUCCGGGUCAGAAUUUCCUGUUUUUAAUUCCCUGAAUGAUUUACGGCCUCCUCGAUGUUCCACGCCUGACAACUCUGACCAUCUCAACAGCCGUUUGCUCCAAAUGGAUGGUGGGAACGCACAUCAUUAUCCACAUCAAGGCAGAAUCGUGACCCCGGCCGACGCAAUCCAAAGAUACGGGCAUUCAGCAAGUAAAUACAUAUCAAGUGAAGGCAUAUAUCUGUGACGGACAAGAUUAUAUGCAACAAUACUGUUAAUACGUCCAUCUGUGUGCUUGUUUGUUUGUUUGUU